GAAUUUCGUCGAGAAAAAAAAAUUGAAUUUUGAGUUAGAACCUACACCGAACGGGGUCCCUUUCACUCAACAGAAACCCUGCCACUGCCCACUCCUUCCCAAACCUUUUGCGUAUAUUUUCCAUUUUUCUUCUUCAAUUUUUCUGUUUACACCUUCCUUUCUCCGAUCCUUCUCCUACCUGAGACCUGCUGAUCACCGCACCGCCACUCUUCUCCGAUAAAGAGUGAAAUUUAUAUAAAUGGGUGACGUUUUGGGGGUGGAUCAUUUAAGCGAUCUGCCUCAGAGUAUUAUAGAAUGCAUUCUCACUAGGUUACCAAUUAGAGAUGCUAUUAGAACAAGUAUUUUAUCUAGGAGAUGGAGAUACAAGUGGACUACUCUUACUCAACUUGUGUUUGAUGAUGAUUGUGUUGCAAUGUCCAAUGAUGGAAUUUAUGAAGACCUUAUAUAUUUUAUCACUCAUGUUCUUUUUCUUCAUGAAGGUCCAAUUCACAAGUUCCAUCUUUCUGCUACUUACUUGCAGAAUACCCCAGAUUUAGAUCAGUGGUUGCUUUUUCUUUCAAGGAAAGGCAUCAGGGAAUUGAUUAUUGAAUUAGGAGAUGGGGAGUGGUUUAGGGUGCAUUCUUGUCUUUUUAACUGUAGCAAAUUGACCCUAUUGGAGUUGUAUCGUUGUGAAUUGGAUCCACCUCCUACCUUUAAGGGGUUUUUAUGUUUGAAAAGCCUAAAACUUCAUCAAGUUUUGAUUGCACCUGAAGACAUUGAAAGUCUUAUUUCUAAUUGUCCUCUUCUUGAGAGUUUGGCGCUUUCUUAUUUUGAUAGUCUAGUGCUUAAUAUCUGUGCUCCGAAUCUUAAGUACCUCUAUCUUGAAGGCGAGUUUAGAGACAUAUGUCUUCAAAACACGCCACUCUUGGUUUCAAUUUCAGUUGCAUUAUAUAUGAAUGAUGAAUCUGAGCCCUUUGGCGAUAUUUCUGAUUGCAAUUAUGAAAAGUUUCUUGGUGGGGUGCCUUAUCUUGAGAAACUUACAGGACAUGUUUAUUUCACGAAGUAUUUGAGUAUAGGUAAUAGUGCAAGAACUCUGCCGGUUUCAUACAUCUAUUUAAAGAGUAUUGAACUGCACCAAGUCAGCUUUGAAGAUAUGAACGAGAUACUUGUAGUGCUUCGUUUGAUUACCAGCUCCCCAAAUUUGGAGGAACUUCAAAUAUCGGGCUCGUCAAAUCCCGUGGCCGCUUCAGAAGCACCUGACUUGGACUUUUGGGAGAAUGAAUGCCCCUCGAACCUCACAUUUGGUAAACUUAGAGUUGUGAAAGCGACAGAUAUGUCUGGUGUACCACACGAGAUGGAAUUUAUUAAAUAUUUGCUUAGGAAUUGCCCGGUACUUGAGAUAAUGAGUAUCAGACCUUGUGUCUAUGUUACUGAUCGACGAUUGAAUAUGUUGAUUGAAUUGUUAAAAUUUAGGAGGGCUUCACCUGAAGCAGAAAUUUUGUUCAUCCAGGAAUAGUUGUAGUUGUAAAGUUCCUUUUUUCAUUUUAUACCUGCAUUCAUAAACAAUGUUCUUUGGUAAAUAGAUAAGUUUAUGGAAGCUUUUAUUGAUA